UAAUAAUUGAAAUGAACAUGUCGAAAAUGCUCUACAAUGAAACAGAAAGAAAACCCUUGCCGUUCUGCCUUCCCUUCUUCUCGCUGAUGCCGGUGAAAGCGUGAAGCUUUUGAGGAUGGUCCGAUUCAAGGCGGCUCUUCGAAAUAGAAGUUCAACUGCUGCAAAGGAUCAAACCAACAAGGGGACAUCAGAUUCUAAGAAGCUUAGGAAGAAUUUGGAGAUUUCUGAAUCUAGAGACGAUGUGGUAAAGCCUGUGAAGAAAUUAAGAAGUAUAAGAAAAGUUAUGGAAGCAUCGGAUAAUCAACAUUUUCCCAGGCCUUUGACUCGGAGACCGGGAAAAGUUGGUUGGGUAGAUAAUCAAUCAGGUCAUGUCAUGAAAGAAAAUACAGAUUGCUCACCAGCCGGGACUGCACAUUCUAUCGAUAGGGAUACAGACUGCAGUAAACAAGGAGAUGUUGAAAAUGUUAUCAACAGAGAGCUGAACGAAGAAGAUAAGGAUGGGGAGCUAAUUGACCCAAAAGUAAAGAUGGUUGAGGAUAGCGUCAAAGAAAGUACUAAGAAUCUGUCUGAUCAUGGAAAACUGGCAGUGCUAGAAGGCGGGAGAAACAAGUACCUGGGAGCACACUCCAUGGCACUGUUAACGAACAGAAUGCAACCAAAUCAAGUUGAAUUGACUUCAACCAACAGGAUUAGUACUUCUGCAGGAGCUUCUCCUACAGCAGUCCAACCAUGUGCCUAUAACAGUCCUUGGCAAUCUAAUGAAUGGCCAGAUGCUGCACUUAGUUCCAUCACAACUCCUGAGCCGAGCCUGGCACUGCCAUUUCAGAAAAAUUCCACUGUUUGGAGCUCACUUGAAUCUAUGGAAAUAUUUGCAAAAUUUCCACAAAAUCCACACUUUUCACCCUUAGCAGAACAUGAGGAGAUGAAACGAGAAGAACUAGCUUUACAAAAGAUGCUAAAGUAUGCCUUCCUUGGUGAUAAGAUAUCAAAGUUGACCAUUGCGGAUCUUAAAAAUUCAAUGGUCAUCAAUGACAUUCUGACAUGUCUCAAGGACUUGGAGGAGUGUGGAUUUGAUGUAAUGCAGAUUAAAUGUCCAUUAGACGAUCUGUUGAACAGUGAGAGGCAAAUUCAAUUCCAAAACAAGUUUGAUGAAAUAAAGGGCAGAAUCAGAGACUGCAAUCUUGAGAGAGAAGAAGCUGAAAAAGAGAUCAGUAAAAUUGCUAUGAAGGUAAAAGAUCUGGAGAAAGAACUUAGGUCAGCCAAGGAAAGGAUAGAGAUGAAGGAUCAAGUGAUCUUUGAAUUGAGAUCUGAAGAGAGUGCCAUUCGUGAUGAAAUACGUCAAGUUCAACUUGACUUUGAACGGACAGCGGCUUCACCCUUCUGCUGACCAAUACUUUGUACAAAUUAAAGUAUGAACAAACUCUGUUUUGCCGAAUAGAUGUCUACUGAAUCUGUUUAGCUGGAGUAAUCUUACUCCUGUAAAUAAUGUUGGCCAUUUCCUUGAUUUUAUUGGUGUUCUUACCCUGGCUUGAGUUUUGACA